AUGAGUGGGACUCAUGAGAAAAUGAGCUUCAUUGGUCAACUUCUUUACAACCUGGCACUGAAACAAACAGCUGUCCAAUCUUCAACCAGUGGCACUGUGGGUAUUGCUGGUAAGGCAGUUGAUGGAAACAGAGAUGCAAACUAUCAAAGUGGGUCUUGCACACUUACCAAUGUAGAAUCUGAUCCCUGGUGGAGAGUAGACCUGGUAAAUGUCUAUACGAUUGGGACUGUAAUGAUAACCAAUAGACAGGAAUUGGAAAACGGGCUGGAUGGUGCUGAAAUCUGGAUCGGAAAUUCUACAGCAAUCAGUAACCCUGAAAGUAUCAGGUGUGCCGUCAUCUCUCACAUUCCCAGCGGACAAGCAUUUUACUUUCCAUGUAACUCUAUGAAGGGACGCUACGUCACUGUGUUUCUACCAGGAAGUGCAAAGGUCCUGAGUCUCUGUGAGGUUGAAGUGUACUACGGAUACCCAUUACCCAAUGUGGCACUCAAAGGAGAAGCUACCCAGUCAUCUACACUCUCUCUUGCCACGGCGUCCAAAGCCAUCGAUGGCAGACGGAACUCGUUCUAUAGCGAUGGGUUCUGUAGCCACACGGCUGAAGACGAGACCAACCCCUGGUGGAGGGUGGACCUGCAGCGAAGCUUUACAGUCACUGCUGUAAAAGUCACCAACAGAGGAGACUGCUGUGCUGAAAGACUGGAUGGAGCUGAGAUCAGAAUAGGAAACUCACUGGAGAACAAUGGAAACAAUAAUCCCAGGUGUGCUUCCAUCUCACAUAUCAAUGCGGGUAAAACCUACACAUACCAGUGUGAUGGAGGCAGCAUGGAGGGUCGCUUUGUGAACGUGUUUCUUCCUGGACAGAAGAAGACUCUCACCCUGUGUGAAGUGGAGGUGUAUGCUGCCCCAGCAGUGGAACCGCUUCCAAACGUGGCCUUAAACAAACAAACAGUACAGUCAUCAACUUGGUAUGGGCCAGUGUUUGGGCCUUCAAAAGGUGUUGAUGGAUGCAGAAAUGGAAACUUCAACAUAGGAUGCUGUACACACAAUGAUGAAGAUCUGGGUCCCUGGUGGAGAGUAGACUUGCUGGCUGUCUAUAAAGUCAGUGCUGUCACCAUCAUCAACAGACAGGACUGUUGUCCUGAAAGGAUUCUUGGGGCAGAGAUUCGGAUCGGGAACUCGCUGGAUCAAAAUGGUAACCAAAACCCCAGUUGUGGCAUGAUUACAUCAUUAGCGGGUACACCAACAUACACAUUCCAGUGUAAUGAAAUGGAAGGUCGCUACGUCAUUGUGAUCAUACCAGGAAAAAAGACUUCCACAACCCUGUGUGAAGUGGAGGUGUUUGCUUCUCUGUCUGUGCCAGAAGCUGUCACUCCUUUACCAACUCCUCCACCUCCUCUUCCGCCUGUGAGCCUGCAGCUUGGUGGCAGGAACGUGACGGUGGUGGGAGAGAGGCUCUGCUGGUCUGAUGCUCUGAUGUACUGUAGACGUUAUUACUGGGACCUGCUCAGCCUUCACAGCCAACAGGAGCAAAGCGAGUUGGAGCAGCUGCUGGGCCUCAUUCCUUUCUCCCUCACAGACCACGUCUGGCUGGGACUGCGCAGAUCUCUCAGAGGAGACGAGUGGUUCUGGAUGUCUGGAUAUUCCAUGAAUUUCUUAAAUUUUCCACAAGAUUUUGUUCCUGACAGCUACUCCAGCACCUGUGGAGGCGUGGCCAGCACAGAGCACUUCCUCUGGCAGGACCAGCCCUGUGAGGAGAACCUCAACUUCAUCUGCCAAUCAGGUGCUGACGAUGGCGUGCAGAGAGUUUAUUUCUCCAGCACCAAGGAUCCAACAAGUCCAUGUCAACUUCUUUACAACCUGGCACUGAAACAAAAAGCUGUCCAAUCUUCAACCAGUGGCUCUGUGGGUAUUGCUGGUAAGGCAGUUGAUGGAAACAGAGAUGCAAACUAUCAAAGUGGGUCUUGCACACUUACCAAUGUAGAAUCUGAUCCCUGGUGGAGGGUAGACCUGGUAAAUGUUUAUACGAUUGGGACUGUAAUGAUAACCAAUAGACAGGAUUUGGAAAACGGGCUGGAUGGUGCUGAAAUCUGGAUCGGAAAUUCUACAACAAUCAGUGACCCUGAAAGCAUCAGGUGUGCCGUCAUCUCUCACAUUUCCAAGGGACAAGCAUUUUAUUUUCCAUGUAACUCUAUGAAGGGACGCUACGUCACUGUGUUUCUACCAGGAAGUGCAAAAGUCCUAAGUCUGUGCGAGGUUGAAGUGUACUACGGAUACCCAUUACCCAAUGUGGCACUCAAAGGAGAAGCUACCCAGUCAUCUACACUCUCUGUUGCCACGGCGUCCAAAGCCAUCGAUGGCAGACGGAACUCGUUCUACAGCAAUGGGUUCUGUAGCCACACGGCUGAAGACGAGACCAACCCCUGGUGGAGGGUGGACCUGCAGCGAAGCUUUACAGUCACUGCUGUAAAAGUCACCAACAGAGGAGACUGCUGUGCUGAAAGACUGGAUGGAGCUGAGAUCAGAAUAGGAAACUCACUGGAGAACAAUGGAAACAAUAAUCCCAGGUGUGCUUCCAUCUCACAUAUCAAUGCGGGUAAAACCUACACAUACCAGUGUGAUGGAGGCAGCAUGGAGGGUCGCUUUGUGAACGUGUUUCUUCCUGGACAGAAGAAGACUCUCACCCUGUGUGAAGUGGAGGUGUAUGCUGCCCCAGCAGUUGAACCGCUUCCAAACGUGGCCUUAAAGAAACAAACAGUACAGUCAUCAACUUGGUAUGGGCCAGUGUAUGGGCCUUCAAAAGGUGUUGAUGGAUGCAGAAAUGGAAACUUGAACUCAGGAUGCUGUACACACAAUGAUGAAGAUCUGGGUCCCUGGUGGAGAGUAGACUUGUUGGCUGUCUAUAAAGUCAGUGCUGUCACCAUCAUCAACAGACAGGAUGGUUUUAUUCCAAGGAUUCUUGGGGCACAGAUCCUGAUCGGGAACUCAUUGGAACAAAAUGGUAACCAAAACCCCAGUUGUGGCAUGAUCAAAUCAUUAGAUGGUACACCAACAUACACAUUCCAGUGUAAUGAAAUGGAAGGUCGCUACAUCAUUGUGAUCAUACCAGGAAAAAAGACUUACACAACCCUGUGUGAAGUGGAGGUGUUUGCUUCUCUAUCUGUUCCAGAAGCUGUCACUCCUUUACCAACUCCUCCACCUCCUCCUCCACCUGUGAGCCUGCAGCUUGGUGGCAGGAACGUGACGGUGGUAGGAGAGAGACUCUGCUGGUCUGAUGCUCUGAUGUACUGUAGACGUUAUUACUGGGACCUGCUCAGCCUUCACAGCCAACAGGAGCAAAGCGAGUUGGAGCAGCUGCUGGGCCUCAUUCCUUUCUCCCUCACAGACCACGUCUGGCUGGGACUGCGCAGAUCCCUCAGAGGAGACGAGUGGUUCUGGAUGUCUGGAUAUUCCAUGAAUUUCUUAAAUUUUCCACAAGAUUUUGUUCCUGACAGCUACUCCAGCACCUGUGGAGGCGUGGCCAGCACAGAGCACUUCCUCUGGCAGGACCAGCCCUGUCCUGACGAUGGCGUGCAGAGAGUUUAUUUCUCCAGCACCAAGGAUCCAACAAGUCCAUAG